UUGCUCUUUACAAAAGUCAAAACAAAUCACUCGAAGCACACUCGAAGUAAACAUAGGUUUUUACUAAUUUAAAAUAUUGUUAUUUAUUAGAAAUUAUGGAUAAUGAUAAAGUAUUUCUUCCUCAUCAUGAACAGCAAAGUCUAUGUAUGACGAGGCUGCCUUACCGACAAGGAAGGAAGUUAACUGCAGUGAAGGCAUACUCAAUAACAAAAGAAUCAAACCACCUCCUCAUAUUUGGAGUUCCGUCUUUAAACUUACGACAAGAAACUAAAGCCCUAUUCACAAAGUUCGGCAAAUUGUUACAAUUCGCGAUAUCUACACAACAUCCUGCAGAAAUGUUUACAGAAAACUACCACGCUCAGUUCGAGAAAAUACAGUCAGCUAGACUUGCUAAAAAAAUGCUAGAUACUAAAAACUUUUAUGGAGGUUCUCUGCACAUUUGCUACGCGCCAGAACUCGAAACUUUAAACGAAACUAAAGAAAAAUUGUUGCAACGGAAGCGUGAUGUUAUUUUCCGUUUACGAAACUUGCAAAUGGACAGUGUAAAGGAGCAAAAAGAAACUAUUACUGUACAAAAUGAAGUAGAGAAGUUAGUAAAUAAUCAGAGUGAGGUUAAAAAGCUAAAUAUGGGUGAAUGUAAUACUAUAAGUACCGGUGAACCUAAGAAACGGAAGAAAUAUAACGAAUGUGGUAGAAAAAAGUUUAAAUCAAGUCUUAUUAACAAUGGAGUUAUGAAUAACGAGCAAAUACAUAAUUUAAAUCCAUUUGUUGGUCCGUUAAAUAAUUCUGAGUUGGAAAUAACGAAAGAUGUUAACAACGGAUUACUUUUAGAAGGUCCUAGUACUGGUUCGAAAGAUUUUAAUGUCAAAAAUAUUAAAGAAGAUAGUGAAAUAAGUAUGGAUAAUAUAGAAAUAGUAGAUUGUACAUCGGUGGAUAAUGAAACAGUAACAAAUAUUAACGAACAUUUAAAUUAUAAUAAAUUUGGCAAUGAAGUUGUAAGGAAACUUCCUGUUAAACCGUUGAAUAGAAUUAAGUUUAAUUUGAAUAAAUCAUGA